UUUCAAUUUAAGGAAACAAUAAAUAAUAAUGUAAUAAAUAAAUUAUUACAUUAUUUUAAUUGACAUCUGAAGAGAGAGAGGGUAUCGCGGAUUUCCCCUUCCGAAUCAUCAAAAAGCAUGUGUGUGAAGACAGGUGCCAGAGUUGGUUUUCGAACCAUUCUGUGUUGUCGCUCGUUAAACGUGCUUUCAAAUAGACACCCGUGAAAUUUCAAUUUUUGAAAAGCAAUUUUUUUUUUUUUUUUUUCGAAACUUGAACUCUCUUCUUUUCCAUCGUCAGUGCAACUUAUUUUUGAAUCUCGCCAAUUUAUCCUGCAAAAAAUUUAAUAUUUUUUAGAAAAAAAAAAAAUAGAUUUUCUUUCAAAAAAAAAAAAAGAGUGUUUUUUCUCCCUGAAAAAAAAAGAAAAAAAAUUAUUCAAAAUAAAUAAAGAAAAAAAACCCGAACGUCUAAAAAAUGGAGACGUUCGGGAAAAUAUUAUUAUUAUUAGUAAUUUCAAAAAGUCUUAUUUUUACUGAAGGAAAAACUGUCGAUUUAUUGACAUCGGCCGGUUUACCAUCAUCAAUUGAAGAUGAAGAAAUUCUUCGUAUAAUUGGACAAAAUAAAUCGCAAGGAUUUUCGGAAAAUUUCACAUUUGUUGAACUUGUUGAUAAUUUGAGAAAUUAUACGGAAAUAAUUGAGGAUAAUUUAUGGACAACAAAUAAUGAUAUUUACAAAACGAAUCCUUAUUACGAUGAUUUUAGCGAGGAGAUUGAUCAAGAGGCGCGAAGACUAUUGCAAAUUGUUCCAGCCUUUGAUCCCGGCGCUGGAGACGUUAGUCCUGAAUGUAAAAGACAAUCGAAUAUUUUUCACCGGGAAUUAAACAAAUUCAGUUUAUGGGCUCUUAAGAUGUACGAUGCAACGGCAAAAAUGCCAUCGGGACUUUUAAAUGGAAACGUUAAUCAAUUUGGCGAUUUUGACGAAUGUAUUGGAAUUGAGGGAAGCGAGGGAAUCCGAGGACAAUAUUGCCUAGCCUAUUUACAAUUGGAUUUCGAUCAAUCACGUCCUGAUCUCAAAUAUCUUCAUCGACUUCUUCAUUCGCAUUAUGCUUUCAGAAGUAAUUUUUCCGACCCAGGACAUCGGGUACCACGUUUUAGUACAAUAAAUUGGGCGAUAUGUACGCCAGCUGCGUGUUCACCUCAUGAUGUUGAAUCAUCUUUACGACAUGCAAUAACAAAUUAUGCAUCGCAAACUGGCUUUAAGAUUUCUGUUAAAGUCGAUCGUGAAAUGUGUCAAAUUCAACGAACCGAAUCAUAUACAAAGGAAACAAUUAUCGUGGGGCUUUUUUUCCUUGGAAUACUGGCAUUUUCAAUGAUGGCAGGAAUUUGUGAUCAUUAUGAUAUUCCAACGAAUAAUAUUGUACAAGCAUUUUCAUUGAAACAAAAUUUGGAAAAACUUUUUUCAACGAAUCGAUCGGAUGGUGAUAUAGGAACACUUCAUGGAAUUCGAGCGUUAAAUGCAUUAAUGUUGAUUGUCGCUCACAAAAGUAUGGCACUCUUUUUCAAUCCCUAUGCAAAUAGAACAGAAAUGUCAGAGUUUUUAGGAAAACCGUGGACUGUUUUGGGACGUGCCGCAAGUCUUUAUACAGAUCCAUUUAUAAUGAUAUCUGGAUUAUUGACGAGUUAUUCAUUUAUUGGACGAUUAAAUCGAAAUGGAAAACUCAAUAUUUCUAAUGAAUAUAUAUCAAGAUUAAUGAGAUUGGUUCCAACUCUUGGUGCUCUUAUAUUAUUCUGCACGUAUAUAAUGCCAUUCAUUGGAUCAGGACCACAAUGGAAUUUAGUUGUAACCCAUCAUGCAGAUAUUUGCAAAAAAACCUGGUGGAGAAAUUUUCUUUUUAUUCACAAUUAUUUUGGCUUUGAGAAUAUGUGUCUAACGCACACACAUCAUUUGGGAAUUGACACACAAUUAUUUGCAAUAUCGCCAUUAUUUAUUAUUUUACUUUAUAAAAAACCAAAAAUUGGAGCAAUAAUUUUAACAAUAAUUGCUGUAUUUUCAACAUUUUUACGUUAUUACGUAACGUAUUUUAGAAGAUUAAAUAAUUAUGUCUUUUUUGGAACAUCAAUUCGACAAUUGUUUGACACUGCAAAUUUGUCCUAUAUUCUCCCAUCUCACCGACUUACGGUUUAUAUUAUUGGAAUUUUCUUGGGUUAUUUGCUCAGAAAUUAUCCCAAAGGCUUCAAAUUAAAUCAGAAAUUUACUUACGUAGGAUGGACUUUGAGUAGUUUAUUAUGCCUGGCAGCUUUCAUUGGUCCGGCACCUAUGGGGGCCAUUGAUUAUAUUUACAAUCCUGUGCAUGCUGCGACUUAUAAUGCAUUUGCUCCAAUUGGAUGGUGUGCUCUCUUUGGAUGGUUGGCCUUUGUAUCACACACUGGAAAUACAAAUAGUUGGAUCAGUAAAUUAUUUGCCUGGAAAGGAUUUUUAAUAACAACACGAUUAAGUUAUGCAAUUUAUUUGACGCAAUUUCCAGUUUUCUUUUAUAAUGUCGGUCAAACAAGAACUGCCGAAAAUUAUGGUUUCUUUAGAAUGAUUUUAAGUUUCAAGGAAUUAUUGUGGAUUAUUUUUACGGCAGCUAUUUUAACUCUAUUCUUUGAUUUACCAUUUCAAAAUAUAAAAACAAUUCUUUUGAAGAAAUCGAAAUCAUCAAAAGCUGAAAAAUCAUCAAAAAUAGAAUAAAAUUAUAAUUCUAGAAUAUGCUUGAAUUUUAGUUUUUGAUUUGAAAUAUUUCUGGAAAAAUUCAGUUUUAAACAAAAAUCUAUUUUUUAGAAUUUAAAAAAAAGAAUUCCAAAAAAAAGAAGAGUGAUUUUCUGUAUUUUAAAACUGACGCUUAAGCUGUGCAUUUUUAUUACUUUUUAUAUAAUAAAUAGAAUGUUUAGUCUUUUUAGUUAAAUAAGAAUUAAAAAUUCUGGUUUUCUUUUUGAAUUCCAGUUUCAUGACUUUUGUAAAUAGUAUCCAUGACUUUAGAAGUCCGGAUUUAGGGAAGUGCAAAUGCUUGCCUUCAUAUACAAUGUAUAUGAUAGCUAAGAAAUUAUUUAUAUUCUUUGUAAUCGCUCAAUUUUUUUUUAUGAAUCCUGUAAAUAAUAUUAUAAUAAGUAGUACAUUAUUUCUAAGAAAACAAAAAAAAAAUUACUUUGUAUUUUGUAAAAAACUUGUGUACUUUAAAAGCGAAAUAACAUAUUCGCUUAAAAAAAAAUCCAUUUGUACAAAUUUCAGUUUUCAAAAAUAAAUAAUAAAACAAUAAAACGAAAAUGUGAAAAAAAUUUUUUUUAAUUAAAUUAAUGAAUAAAUUAAAAUUUUCUUUUA